AUGUACCAGACACCAGCCAGCCCCCAUCAUGCACCAGACACCAGUCAGCCCCCACCAUGUACCAGACACCAGUCAGCCCCCACCAUGUACCAGACACCAGCCAGCCCCCACCAUGUACCAGACACCAGCCAGCCCCCACCAUGUACCAGACACCAGUCAGCCCCCACCAUGUACCAGACACCAGCCAGCCCCCACCAUGUACCAGACACCAGCCAGCCCCCACCAUGUACCAGACACCAACCAGCCCCCACCAUGUACAAGACACCAGUCAGCCCUCACCAUUCACCAGACACCAGCCAGGCAAUGUACCACCAUGUACCACCAUGUACCACCAUGUACCAGACACCAGUUAGCCCCCACCAUGUACCAGACACCAGCCAGCCCCCACCAUGUACCAGACACCAACCAGCCCCCACCAUGUACCAGACACCAGUCAGCUCUCACCAUGUACCAAACACCAGUCAGCCCCCACCAUGUACCAGACACCAGUCAGCCCCCACCAUGUACCAGACACCAGCCAGCUCUCACCAUGUACCAGACACCAGUCAGCCCCCACCAUGUACCAGACACCAGCCAGCUCUCACCAUGUACCAGACACCAGUCAGCCCCCACCAUGUACCAGACACCAGCCAGCUCUCACCAUGUACCAGACACCAGUCAGCCCCCACCAUGUACCAGACACCAGCCAGCCCCCACCAUGUACCAGACACCAGCCAGCCCCCACCAUGUACCAGACACCAGUCAGCCCCCACCAUGUACCAGACACCAGCCAGCUCCCACCAUGUACCAGACACCAGUCAGCCCCCACCAUGUACCAGACACCAGCCAGCCCCUACCAUGUACCAGACACCAGCCAGCUCUCACCAUGUACCAGACACCAGCCAGCCCCCACCAUGUACCAGACACCAGCCAGCCCCCACCAUGUACCAGACACCAGUCAGCCCCCACCAUGUACCAGACACCAGCCAGCUCUCACCAUGUACCAGACACCAGCCAGCCUCCACUAUGUACCAGACACCAGCCAGCUCUCACCAUUCACCAGACACCAGCCAGCCCCCACCAUGUACAAGACACCAGCCAGCUCUCACCAUGUACCAGACACCAGUCAGCCCCCACCAUGUACCAGACACCAGCCAGCUCUCACCAUGUACCAGACACCAGCCAGCCUCCACUAUGUACCAGACACCAGCCAGCUCUCACCAUUCACCAGACACCAGCCAGCCCCCACCAUGUACAAGACACCAGCCAGCUCUCACCAUGUACCAGACACCAGCCAGCUCUCACCAUGUACCAGACACUAGUCAGCCCCCACCAUGCACCAGACACCAGCCAGCUCUCACCAUGUACCAGACACCAGCCAGCCCCCACCAUGUACCAGACACCAGCCAGCCCCCACCAUGUACCAGACACCAGCCAGCCCCCACCAUGCACCAGACACCAGCCAGCCCCCACCAUGUACCAGACACCAGUCAGCCCCCACCAUGUACCAGACACCAGCCAGCCCCCACCAUGUACCAGACACCAGCCAGCCCCCAGCAUGCACCAGACACCAGCCAGCUCUCACCAUGUACCAAACACCAGCCAGCUCUCACCAUGGGCCCUGGUCAAAUGUAG